AUGGGCCCAAGGCCCGCGAAUGCUUCCAGCAACCUAUGUCAUGAUCCUGCUUCCUCCACACCCAGUUCUUCUUGUGUUUGUGCUUCUUCUCCCGAGGCAACCAGGCAGCAGAUGAGUCGGAAUGUGUAUGAGAAGGUCGGGGACCGCAGUAUUGCCGCUAUGAUAACGCCGUAUGCAAGGGAACUAUGCCGCGAGGCCGUCCAGGACGAUUCGCUCGACUCGCUGCAGCUCGUGGCCGACUGCGGCGGCGGCAGCUUCUCGCCCACGUCGGCGCUGCUGGCAGCGCUUGAUGCCGACACGGAUGAGGUAGGCGGAGCCGGCGACUGCUCCAGCUACUGCGACAAGGGCGAAGAAGUACGCCGCACCGAGCCAGGUCGCAUUAUUACCCAUCUCUGUGGUGGCCGUCAGUUUUGA